AUGAAACGAUCUGGAAAAAAAAGUGUCGAAAAAAGUCGUCAAGAGUCUCACAAACAAACUUCUUCACAGGAAUUUGUAAGUUCUGAUUCUCCCAAACAAACGUCGAUAUCAAAACAACAAUCCGUAGCUUCCGGUUCUGGUUCUACCAAAACUCAAAAACAAGCGUCGAAACAACAAUCCGCAGCUUCCGGUUCCGGUACUACCAAAACUCAAAAACAAACGUCGACACAGGAAUUCGCAGCUUCCGGUUCCGGUACUACCAAAACUCAAAAACAAACGUCGAUACAGGAAUCCGCAGCUUCCGGUUCUGGUUCUACCAAGACUCAAAAACAAACGUCGAUACCAGAAGCUUCGGAAGAUAAUGGGCCAUUUCGCUUAGUGGUACCAUCCAGCUUGUACUCUCAACAAAGCAGGAUGGUACUACCGAUUCGUAAUGUAACCGUACAUAGGGAAUUAACGCCCAUUACACGCACAGCCGAACCAUAUAGGAGCAAUGUACGCAUUGCCGAACCGUAUAGGAGCAAUGUACGCAUCGCCGAACCAUAUAGGAGAGAAUCAACGCCAAUUAUACGCGAACCUUAUAGUAGUAAUUGGACUAGAGAUGUAACUGGUGAGCUACAAUUGACUUUUGCAUUCAUUUUAGAGUUCUGGUCGACUUUAACGUUUUUUUAG